AAUCCUGGAACAAGGAGAGUGAGAGAUAAAGAGAGAAACACAGAGCGAGCGAGCGAGCGAGAGAGAGAGAGAUGGACGUAUUCCUUCCUCCUCUCGGUAGAGCUUCUUUAUCUUUACGACGAAAUUAUAGGGCACCCUCCUGCAGAAAUCAGUUUUUUUUUACCUCGCUCAGUCUCCUUUGCCCCAUGCCUCCACCCCGUCCUUACUUUCCUCCCUCCUCCUCGUGUUUUCUUCGAAAAUCCCGCGGAAUCCCCUCGUUUUCCACCGUCCAUCCCUCCAGUUCCGACGUCCUGGGAGACUGGGAUGAAGACGAGGAGGAGGAGGACUAUGUCUCCGACAACGAGGAUUUCUCUGUCGCGGCUUAUGGGGAGCUCGAAGAAGAAGCGAGGGAACUCGCAAGGAAGUUCGUCCUCACUCUCGAUCGAGAAUUAACUCUAGAAGAAGAUCGACAUGAUAGGAAGACAUCUUCUGGGCGGAAGGGAACUCGAGCAAGUGAGAUUAAGCAUAUCCCUGAUCAUCUUCUUCCACAUGUUACAAUUGUUGGGAGGCCAAAUGUUGGUAAAUCAGCACUUUUCAAUCGUCUUGUUGGGGGGAACUUGGCAAUAGUAGUGGAUGAACCUGGUGUUACUAGAGAUCGACUUUAUGGUAGGGCCUUUUGGGGGGAACAUGAAUUCAUGGUAGUUGAUACAGGCGGGGUUCUCACUGUAGCAAAAUCACAAAGUGCUGUAAUAGGAGAAUUGGCAAUCACUACCACCAUUGGCAUGGAUAACAUUCCUCUUGCUUCAAGAGAGGCAGCUAUUGCAAGGAUGCCCACCAUGAUUGAGAAGCAAGCUGCUGCUGCUGUUGAAGAAGCGUCAGUUAUUAUAUUUCUUGUUGAUGGUCAGGCAGGUCCAACGGCGGCUGAUGUGGAAAUAGCAGAUUGGCUGCGGAAAAAUCAUUCUGAUAAACGGAUAAUUCUUUCAGUGAAUAAAUGUGAAUCUCCACGCAAGGGUUUAAUCCAGGCAUCUGAAUUUUGGUCAUUGGGGUUUUCUCCACUUCCAAUAUCAGCCAUAUCUGGAACUGGGACAGGGGAGCUCCUUGAUCUUGUUUGCUCUGAACUUAAAGUCAUUGAGGAGCAAAGCUCUGGCGAAGCGGAGAGUCGAAUCCCUGCUAUUGCCAUUGUUGGACGACCUAAUGUGGGUAAGAGCAGUAUUUUGAAUGCAUUACUUGGAGAGGACCGAACAAUUGUUAGUCCAAUAAGUGGAACCACUCGUGAUGCUAUUGACACGGAAUUUACUACACCAGAUGGGCAGAAGUACCGACUCAUUGAUACGGCAGGGAUAAGAAGGAGAGCUGCAGUUGCCUCAGCUGGUAGUAUGACUGAGACCCUUUCAGUGAAUCGAGCAUUCCGUGCCAUACGUCAUGCAGAUAUUGUAGCCCUUGUUAUUGAAGCUAUGGCAUGCAUUACAGAGCAGGAUUGCAAUAUAGCAGAAAGAAUUGAGAAAGAAGGAAAGGGUUGUAUUAUUGUCGUGAACAAAUGGGACACAAUACCUAACAAGAAUCACCAGACAGCUACUUAUUAUGAACAGGAUGUGAGGGAGAAGCUUCGCAGUCUCGACUGGGCACCAAUUGUUUAUUCAACUGCAACAACUGGUCAGAGUGUGGACAAGAUUAUUUCUGCAGCAAGCACGGUUGAACAAGAGAGAUCAAGACGUCUUGGUACUUCGAUUCUAAAUCAAGUUGUGCAGGAAGCAUUGGCAUUUAAACCACCUCCCAAAACUAGAGGAGGAAGAAGAGGAAGGGUUUACUAUACCACCCAGGCAGCAAUUUGUCCUCCAACAUUUGUCUUCUUCGUAAAUGAUGCAAAACUAUUCCCGGAGACUUAUCGUCGUUAUAUGGAAAAGCAAUUGCGUUCAGAUGCAGGGUUUACUGGUACUCCUAUCCGCUUACUAUGGCGUAGCAAAAAGAAAAUGGGAAAAGUUGAAGGAAAAGUUACAGGAACUAGCACUCAAGCAUCGGCUAGAGGAAAUGCUGCCAGACUGGAAAUGGCAAGAUGACUGCAUGCCGCCCAAUUUUGGCAGCAGUAGGGACCAUUUGGGUGAUAGGGUGUAUUUAUAAGUUUCUCUCGUACCAAGGUUUUAUCCUAUUUAUCUUGUGCCAACGUGGGGACCCCAUAUUAUGCCAGCAGUCCUUACUUUCGUGGGUACCUAAGGUGAGUGGAUGACCGUCCCGCGCUAAGCAGCAGCUUGGAUGUUUGAGCAAAAAAGAUUGAGAAUUUGCAAGAUAGAAUCGUUAUAUAUUA